AACCGGCCUCCUCAAUUCUGCGAUGCCGAUUUAAACCUGCCGCUUCAGUCCUUCACUUACAACCGAGGGUUUAAUGCUGCAAAAGAGAAACGAACUUUUCCACAGACACAGAAAAUCCCCAAAUCGAGGUCAGCAAGUUCCGAUCAUUUUGUCUUUCAUUUUCCAUAAUUCAAAGAAACUAUUCCUCUCACUUUUUUGUGGAACAAAGCCCUAAUUCUUCAAUUCAAGUACUAUGAGUCUAUGACAAAUUAAACCCUAAUUUUUACGGAAAUUACCCCAGUUCUAUAUGAAGAAGCUGCCGCUCGUUCGCCAAUUCUCUACUUCAUUUGAUCCCACAAAACGAAACCCUAAUUCAAUUCCAAUUCCUCACAGGACUAUCCCUGAACCUUGUGGCCAAGAUCACGACUUUAUAACGAUCGCUCACAGCCAUUUAAUCCAUUCAGAAUGGCCAAAUCUCAAUUCCCUUGCCCCCAAAUUAACCCCAUUCAGAUCAAACCACAUCCUCCUCAAAAUCCAAAAAGACCCUGUCCUCUCCCUCGAUUUCUAUAAUUUCUCCGUUUCUCAAAACCCUAAUUCUCAGUCCCUUGAUACUCAUUCUAUCAUACUCCACAUCCUUACCAAAUUUAAACGGUUUAAGUCCGCGGAGUCAAUCCUUAGAAAAAUCCUGAUCCCCCAAACCCUAAAUUCGAGCUCGGAACUUUUUGAUGCCAUUUUGCACUCCUACCGCCUCUGUGAUUCUUCUCCUAAUGUUUUCGAUUCGCUUUUUAAAACGUAUGCGCAUAUAAAGAAGUUUCGGAAGGCCACUGAGACUUUCUGUAGAAUGAGAGACUAUGGGUUUCUUCCAACGAUUCGAUCCUGCAAUGCUUUCGUUAGCUCAUUGCUUGAUUUGGGUCGAAAUGAUAUUGCUUUGGCUUUCUAUAAGGAGAUGGGUCGCUGCCGGAUUUCACCGAAUGUGUAUACAUUGAAUAUGGUAAUGUGUGCAUUUUGCAAUUCGGGAAAAUUGGAGAAGGCUUUGGAGGUUUUUGAGAAGAUGGAGAUGAUGGGAUUUAGCCCUAUGGAUUCUUCAUUCAAUACUUUAAUUGCAGCUUAUUGCAAGAAUGGACUUAUUGGCGCUGCUCUGAAGUUGAAGAAUGAAAUGUAUACUAAGGGUUUGAUUCCAAAUGUGAUAACCUACAAUUCUUUGAUCCAUGGGUUUUGCAAGGAAGGGAAAUUGAAUGAAGCUAAUAAAGUUUUCAAUGAGAUGAAGACUGUGGAGGUGAAACCGAAUACAGUGACUUACAAUUCAUUGAUCAGGGGGUAUGCUCAGAUAAACAAUGGUGAGAUGGGUUUAAGGAUUUAUGAGGAUAUGUUAAUGAAUAGGGUAGAAGUCGAUAUUGUUACAUACAAUGCUCUGAUUUUGGGGCUUUGCAAUGAAGGGAAGACGAGAAAAGCUGCAUUCUUGGUGAAAGAGCUUGACAAAGCAAACCUUGCUCCAAAUUCAUCAACCUUUUCCGCUCUCAUAAGCGGACAGUGCAAGAGGCAAAACUCUGAGAGGGCGUUUCAGAUUUUUAAGGCCAUGAAGAAAAAUGGUUGUCAUCCUAAUUAUGAUACAUUCAAAAUCUUGCUAUUGAGCUUCUACCAUAAUAAGGAUUAUGAAGGAUCACUGGAGGUGUUGAGAGAAAUGUUAGAAAGAUGGAUGGCUCCGGAUAAGACAUUGUUGACUGACCUCUAUGAGGGGCUUGGCAGGUUAGGGAAAAGCCACUUGCUUACUGAAUUGUUUUCAGCAGCCAAUGCAGUUAGACUCAUACCAAAAGACUUUGUUGAUCGUGGAAGCAACUCUCAAUUUGGAAUUGCAAAUUAACAGACAUGUGAAAAGAUUUUGGAGAUUGAGAAACAAAUUUCCAGUGUGGGGGUUGAAGGUGCUGAAAUCAACAAAUUUUUUAAUGGCAUGGGCUCCCUUUGCCUUAUCAUCCCUGUAGCUGUUUAUUUUGAGUCCUUGCCAAAUGUAAUGCUGCAAAUACAAUGGCAUAGUAUAGAACACCUUAUGAUUCAGAUGUAGCUGUUUAUUUUGAGUCCUUGCCAAAUGUAAUGCUGCAAAUACAAUCAGAACACCUUAUGAUUCAACAUGACAUGAGUUGUUCAAGCAAAUGUGGUAUUGGAGGUUCUAAUAUGAGAAAAAUUCUUAUGGAAAAGAUGAUCAGAUAAUCUAUGAGGCGUUUUAACUGUCAUAUUUUGUCUGAGUCAAACCUCGACAGUACUGCUAGACUAUGACAUGUGCUUCCUCUGCCUUAUCAUCCUUAUUGUUGUUUGUUUAAAGUUCUUGCUAACAUAAUGAUGCAAAUGCAUUGGCAUAGUAUAGGCGACAAUCAGAUCACCUUAUGAUUUAACACGACAUGAGUUGUUUUAAACAACUUCUGUAUUCGUGGUGCUGAUAUGAGAAAAGUUCUCAUGGAGAAGAUUGUCAGAUAAUCUAUGAGGUGUUUAACUGUCAUAUUCUAUCC